ACGCGGCUCGCAGGCCGGCAGUUGUUCACAUAUGAUAUAUAUAUGAUCAAGCUCGAUCAAGCUCGAUUAAGCUUGAUUAAGCUCGAUUAAGCUCGAUUAAUAUUAAUAAAUGAUUAAUUCGAUCAGCAGUGUAGCAAACAUUAUAGAUUAAAAACAAUAUACAGUUAAAAGUUUUACUGUUUGCUACACUGCUGAUCGAGUCAAUCGUUGAUUAAAGUUAAUCCAGCUUGGUCAAAGUGUAAAUAAGUUUUUAUUUUAUUUUAUGAAAGGAAUGCCAUUCUAACGCUCUAUCCAUGCUUUAAAAUAUUCGUAAUAUACGUGGAUGCAAGGUGAUUUUUUGACAGGGAAUUGUCAACUACAAAAAUUUGUUAAUUGAUAAUAUAAAUCAUUUGUUAAAAUGCCAAAUAUAAUAAACGAUAUAAAAUUAGAUUUCAAAGAUGUUCUAUUACGACCAAAAAGGAGUACAUUAAAAAGCAGAUCAGAUGUUGAUCUUUAUAGAGAAAUUACAUUUCGUAAUUCGAAACAAACUUAUAGAGGCAUACCUGUAAUGGCUUCAAAUAUGGAUACAGUAGGAACAUUCGAGAUGGCAAGGGCUUUAUCCAAGCAUGGGCUUUUUACAACUAUUCAUAAAUAUUAUACAGCAGAUGAAUGGAAAGAUUUUGCUGCAGAAAAUCCUGAAUGUUUAAAAAAUGUUGCUGCUAGUUCUGGUACAGGGAACGAAGAUUUUGGAAGACUUUCAAGUAUAAUAGCUGCUGUACCACAACUAUCAUUUAUAUGUUUAGAUGUUGCUAAUGGAUAUUCACAACAUUUUGUUGAGUAUGUGAGAAAAGUGCGAUCUCAAUAUCCAAACCAUACUAUAAUUGCAGGAAAUGUUGUAACAGGAGAAAUGGUAGAAGAAUUAAUACUUUCGGGAGCUGAUGUUAUUAAAGUAGGAAUUGGUCCAGGUUCUGUGUGUACUACAAGAAUGAAAACAGGUGUUGGAUAUCCUCAGUUAAGUGCUGUGAUUGAAUGUGCAGAUGCUGCACAUGGUUUAAAAGGACAUAUAAUCUCUGAUGGAGGUUGUACUUGUCCAGGUGAUUUAGCAAAAGCUUUUGGCGCUGGUGCCGAUUUUGUUAUGGCUGGUGGCAUGUUUGCUGGUCAUGACGAAUGUGAAGGUGAAAUUAUAAACAAAGAUGGAAAAAAUUAUAAAUUGUUUUAUGGUAUGGCUUCUAGUACAGCUAUGAAAAAACAUGCUGGUGGUGUUGCUGAGUACAGAUCCUCGGAAGGAAAAACUGUGGAAGUAGCCUAUAAGGGUUUAGUAGAAAAUACAGUUUUAGAUAUGUUAGGAGGUCUACGAUCUGCAUGCGCUUAUACAGGUGCGGAAAGAUUACGUGAAUUACCGAGACGUGCUACGUUCAUUCGCUGUACACAACAAUUAAAUCCUAUGUAUGGUCCACCAUGAGAAAUGUAAAAAUACUUCUUAAAGAAUGUGUUGUAGUAUAAUUAUAGGCAAGAAGGGUUUUUGAUUAUUAAUUUUUGCAGUUACCAUGCAUUAUCUUUUUGCUGGCAAAUAAUUUAUACAUAAUAUAUAUAUAUAUAU